CCCUCCAACAAAGCGAUGGCAGCAUCUGUGCUGCCCUUGCUGGUCAAGGCUCCAACUUCCAGCCAUUCCAGAACCUCCAACAACCCAUUGACGGUCCCUUCCUCACCUCUAAAACCUUCCUCUAUCUCCUUCCCCUCUGUGCAUAACUCCAAAAAUCUGAAUCUAUUGCUCCUCAACUCUCCACUUCUCCGUUCUCGUCACCAUCGAUUCAAACCGAGUUUCGCCCUAGAAUCGAACGUCCCCUACUCUUCGAACCAGGGUUCAGAGAAGCUACAAAACAUUACAAAAAGCUAUGAGGAAUGGGAUUUGUGGUCUGCCAAGUUUGCUGGAGCAGCGAAUAUCCCGUUCCUCUUACUGCAAUUGCCUCAGAUCGUUCUCAAUGUUCGGAAUCUUUUGGCGGGAAACAAAUCAGCCCUCUUUGCGGUUCCAUGGCUGGGCAUGUUGACUGGUUUGCUGGGGAAUUUGUCUCUGCUUUCGUAUUUCGCGAAGAAGAGGGAGAAGGAGGUGGUUGUGGUUCAGACUUUGGGAGUUGUUUCUAUUUAUGCGGUGCUUGUUACGCUUGCAAUGGCCGAAGCAAUGCCUCUGCCACAUUUUGUGGUGACAUCUAUUGUUAUUUUUUUCGGUCUCAUUGUGAAUUUUAUGUAUUACUUCAACUUGCUUAACGAUGCAGUCUGGAGGCUCUGGGAAGAUUUCAUUACUGUAGGUGGACUUUCCGUACUUCCCCAAGUUAUAUGGUCGACCUUUGUUCCUUUCAUUCCAAAUAGCAUUUUGCCUGGGACAAUUGCCUGUGCUUUGGCUAUUGUGGCUGUUGUUAUGGCACGAACUGGAAAACUCUCCGAGAAAGGUGUGAAAUUUGUUGGAUCUAUAUCUGGAUGGACUGCCACACUACUCUUCAUGUGGAUGCCAAUUGCACAGAUGUGGACAAAUCUUCUGAAUCCAGAUAACAUCAAAGGCCUGUCAGCUUUCUCAAUGUUGCUUGGCAUGAUUGGAAAUGGUCUUAUGCUCCCACGUGCACUCUUCAUUCGUGAUCUCAUGUGGUUCACUGGUUCAUCUUGGGCAUCUAUUCUCUAUGGGUGGGGUAACCUCAUCUGCUUGUACUGUUUCAACAGUAUCAGCAGGGAGUUCUUCUGGUCAGCAACAAUUGGGCUUUUUGCUUGGAUAGGAAUAGCUUUCUGGGGAGACAUGAAAGCUUAUAAAUACAAUACACCAUUGAGAUCCUUGAAGGAGCUAGUUUUUGGAGCUUAAAUUUAAUGAUGGCACCUACAUUGAUUAGUUGCAAGAGCUCAAUUGGUCCCUAUAUUCUUUGCCAUGGAGCCUAAUUGUUCGAGACGACAUUGAGUUGCAAACGUGAAAGACACUACCCUUCUCCAAUAUGUCAAAGCACACAGAGUUCUACUCUCCAGAUAUCUUACACCGGUAACUUGCUCCACGAACGGUGAGUUCUCAGAUUAGUUUAUCACAGUGGAUGAAGUCUUGUAAGGUAAUGGAAACCCGUUCUGUUAACUAGAGAAAGCACCAUAAACUGUUUUAGUUAUUACCAUUUGAGAUAAACUUCAUUCAUAAGAACAUAUGUGAAACAAUUUUCUCAGUUCAAUCUGAUAAAGACUGGCCUUGUU